CAGUAUUUUCUUACUUGUAAACUUCCGGCAGCAUGGAUGGAUUUGAUUUGUUUCGAAAAUUGGGAGUGGGAACAAAAUUUGAUUUUAAACGAUUUAAGAGUGAUGCAAAUGUCCUAAAUCUACUACCAGCUGCUUCUGUGUCGAAGUCUGCUACAAAGAAAGCAAGAUUAGAUGCUGGUCACGAACAGCAAGAAUCUGACAAUGAAGUGCAAGAAGCACCAGACGUAAAUCAUGAAAAGCAUACAGAAGAGGGAGACCUGACUGUUUUACAGGGGCUUAAGAAAAAAGGAGAAAAACAACGCACAAAGAAAUCUAAACAGAGCUUUGCUCAGAUGAAACAAGAAAAGAUAAACCACAUAAGAAAUAAAAACAGAAUUCAUUGUUUUGGGCAAGAUCCGCCAAAUCCUUGUACGAGCUUUGAACAGUUAGCCGCUACUUAUGGACUUAAUCCUCAGAUCAUCAAAAACAUUGCUUCCAUUGGAUACACUCAACCAACUCCCAUCCAAAUACAAGCUAUUCCAGCAAUGAUGGAUAGGAGAGAAAUAUUGGCUUGUGCACCCACAGGAUCAGGAAAAACGGCAGCUUUUCUCCUUCCCAUCAUGCAUCACUUGAAGGAGCACAAAAAGAAAGGCUACCGAGCUCUGAUACUGGCUCCGACCCGCGAGUUAGCCAAACAGAUAUACAGAGAGUUUUUAAGAUUAUCAGAAGGUGUAGGACUUAAAGCUCAUUACAUUAGUAAGUCAACAACAGAAAAAAGACUGGAGAAAAAAUAUGAUGUGUUGGUUUCUACCCCCAAUAGACUGGUGUAUAUGUUACAAGAGGAUCCUCCCCUUAUCAACCUCAGUCAGGUGGAAUGGCUGGUAAUUGAUGAAUCAGAUAAAUUGUUCGAAGACGGGAAAACUGGCUUCAGAGAUCAGUUGGCCAAGGUUUAUCAAGCCUGUAACAGCAAUAAUGUCAAACGAGCCAUGUUUAGUGCGACCUUCGCCGUGGAAGUAGAAGAAUGGUGUAAACUGAACUUGGAUAAUGUGUUACAAGUGUACAUAGGAGCCAAGAAUUCUGCUACAACAACAAUAGAGCAGGAACUAAAGUUUGUGGGAACAGAAUCAGGAAAAUUACUGGCAGUUCGUGACAUCAUAGCAAAGGGAGUUCAGCCUCCUGUCCUAAUAUUUGUUCAGUCCAAGGAAAGAGCGAGAGAACUUUUCCAUGAGCUGAUUUACGACGGAAUGAAUGUGGAUGUUAUUCACAGUGAUCAGACACAAGAGCAGAGAGAUAAUGCUGUCAAAAAUUUCCGCUCAGGGAAGACUUGGAUAUUAAUCUGUACGGAGUUGAUGGGAAGAGGAAUGGACUUCAUUGGAGUUAAUCUGGUCAUUAAUUAUGAUUUCCCCAACAGUGCCAUCAGUUACAUUCACAGAAUAGGUCGUACUGGAAGAGCUGGGCGGUCGGGGAGAGCCAUCACAUUCUUCACGGAGAAUGACUCCAUGUACCUCAGGAGCAUUGCUCGAGUGAUGGUGAAUGCGGGAUGUCCCGUCCCUAAUUACAUGUUAGAUAUGAAACGUCCAAACAAAAAAAUAAGGAGAGCUGCUAAGAGAGUUCCAAAGCGAGAUCGAAUCUCAACCGUCUCUCAGUAUGACAUUGAUAAACUCAACAAGAAAAGGAAAUACAUAUCAAAGGACAAGGGAAAAUCAAAUAAGCGAGCAAAACUGAAGAGAGGUGCAGAAAAAAGUUGAAAUUGGAUUCCACAGUGCAGAAACUUUACAUAACCCAAGGACUUUGAUAAAUUAAGGUUUCUGAGUCUGCAAAGAUAAUACAAGAUUAAGGUUAACUUUUCAAUUUUACCAGAAGAAAAUGAAGUCCAGUUACAUGUGUGAUGGUUAUCAGUGAAAAGAUUCCCUUUCACUCCUGUAUACAUUAGAGAGUGUAUGUUAGAUUACAAAACUACAAUAUGAAUGUUGGAAAAACCUUGUUUGAUAUGGAACUAUUUGUCCGUUAAGAUUAGCAUUAAGUAUUUUUACUAUGCAAAUGUCAAUCGGAUAGUAAAACUUGUAUAACAUUAAGCCCUCUUAAGUAUAUUUGCUCCUAGGCCAUGUUGUUUGACCAAUUCCAUGAGAACCAUCAGCUUACCAACUUUAGAAUAAACUUCAUGGUCAGAAUAGCCAAGAGAAAUAGAUAUUCAUGAUUGAUUGUCAGGUCAUACGUCAUGAAGGUUACUUCAACAUGUACUGGUAUUAUCAAUAUGGCAUAUCUUGUUUUGUGUAGAACUGGAUGUCAGUUAAUAAAAUUGUCAGUAUAUUUCA